AAACAUCGACACAUUUUCCAACAUGGCUACCACUACAUGUCCGCACGUCAAAACCCUCCACCGACCACCUCCUCGACCCACCGACGCCGUGUACAAAGACGACUGCACGCUCUGCUUCGACAGCGUUGACGAUGCUGCGGGAAUCGACGUCUGCUUACACUGCUUCAACGGAGGCUGCGCCGGCGACAGAGCUCACGGUCCGCAGCACGCUCAGGAUGCCGAUCAUCCUCUCGCCGUCAACAUUCAGAGAACUCGCAAGCGGAAAGCACAGUCGGAGCGAGAAGACGGCCCUUCGCCCGCCAAAAUCACUAAAGUCGAAGUGGUGGCUGAGACAAACGAGCAGAGAUACGACACCAAGACGAAUCUCAAGUGCUUCAAGUGUGGUCUGGAUGGCAUGGCACCGGAAGGGGAUGUCGCCACUGUCGUGGCCGGCGUGAUGAGCGCCAACACGUUUGCACAGCAGGAGGAGGUCAAGGCUUGGGAACUUGAACUGACCAUUUGCGACCACACUGCCUUUCUCGAACAAGAGCCGGGGCGUCAGAUUCCCAGCGGCGAUCUGGGCCACUGUGGCGAAUGCGACUUGAAGGAGAACUUGUGGAUGUGCCUGACUUGUGGCAACCUGGGCUGCGGGAGACAACAGUUUGGAGGCGCACCCGGCAACAGCCACCAGGUCGGACAUGCACAGUCGACCAAGCACCAUGUGGCAGUCAAGCUGGGCUCCAUCUCUGCUGAUGGCAGCGCUGACAUCUAUUGCUACUCCUGCGAUGAGGAGCGGAAAGACCCGAAGCUGGUUGAACACUUGGCACAUUGGGGAGUCAAUAUUGCUGAUCGCGAGAAGACGGAGAAGAGUCUGGGCGAGAUGAAUCUCACGUACAACCUCAACUACGACUUCUCCAUGACCGAUGCGGAAGGACGGCAGUUGAAGCCGUUGUUUGGACCUGGCCUGACCGGCUUGAAGAACAUGGGCAACAGCUGCUAUCUUGCUUCCGUGCUGCAAGCGCUGUUUGCCAUGCCCGAGUUUGCCAAGCGCUACUACAGGCCCGAGGAUGUUAUGAGUACGGGCCCAAUGGAGAUCGCGAAGCCCGGGGAGGACCUCGAAGUACAGCUACGCAAGCUUGCCGACGGUCUCUUGUCGGGACGUUACAGCAGACCAGAUGCAGACGUCCAGCAACCAGAACACCCAGACGAGCAGCCUCACCAAAAGGGCAUCGCUCCAAGCAUGCUGAAACAGAUUGUGGGCAAGGGUCAUGCCGAGUUCAGCAGUAUGCGACAGCAAGAUUCAUUCGAGUUUCUACUUCACAUAUUAAAAUUGGUGUCCCGCUCGCAGUCUAAAGCAGAAGAGCUGCAAUAUCCGCAGGUUUAUGAUCCAGUCGACGCGUUCCGGUUCUAUAUGGAGCAGAGGUUGCAAUGCACGGGCUGCAAAAAGGUCAAGUACAGAACAGAUGAGAUGGAGAACAUCAGUGUUGCUGUACCCAUCAACCGGAUAGCCAAGGCACCUCGCACUGUUUACGGUGGCGAUUCACCCAUGAUUGACAGCGAUCCAGGCACUGGCAAGGACAUCGGUAAGACCGAAUUUGAGCCUGUCACGCUCAAGCAAUGCCUCGACGACUUCACCGCACCGGAGGUAGUAGAUCUCGUAUGCUCCAGCUGCAAGAACAAGACAUUCACCAAGCAGAGUCUGUUCAAGACAUUUCCCGUGAUUCUGGCGGUCAAUGCUCGACGGUUCGAGAUUGUCAAUUGGGUCCCGACCAAACAGGACGUGCCAGUCAUUGUCGGCGAUGAUGUCUUCGAUAUGGAGAUGUACCGCAGUAACCACGACCGGGCGCACGAGGAAGAAUUGGUUGACCAAGAUGAUUCAAGCUCCAGUUCCACAUUCCAGCCGAAUCAGUCUGCCCUCGAUAUGCUGAUGAGCAUGGGAUUCCCUCGAGUGCGAUGUGAGAAGGCCUUGCAAGCUACUGGUAAUUCAGACGCUGAAGUCGCUACUGCUUGGUUGUUUGAGCACAUGGAAGAUCCUGGCAUCGACGAUCCCAUUAAUGCGGCAGCUGCCCCGGUCGCUGACCCAGAGAAAAUCAGUAAUCUUUGUGGCAUGGGCUUUGCUGAACCGCAAGCUCGUCAAGCGCUCAAGGAGACCAGUGGUGACAUGGAACGUGCGGUGGACUGGUUGUUCAGUCAUCCUGAAGCCACAGGUGACUUUGACGAUGCCCCUGCAGCUGCUGCACCUGCGGUCGAGAUUCCCAAAGACGAUAAACCCGCAAAAUUCUCUCUGCAAAGCAUCGUGUGUCACAAGGGCAGCUCUAUACACGCGGGUCAUUACGUCGCCUUCGUCAAGAAGAUGGCUGGUUGGGUUCUCUUCAACGACGAGAAAGUCGCGCUUGGCGGCGAUGUGCAGGAAAUGACCAAAUUUGCCUACAUCUACUUCUUUCGAAGACAAGGUGAAGAGGCCUAGGUGGCCAAACAGACGGGCACCUACCAGGGGGUCCGAACUUGGUAUACGGGCAGAAACGGACAGCUCAUUACUGUGGACGAAAGUGGGCGUGCUACGCUGUUUCACUAAGCCGUUUGGUAAAGGCCGAUGCGCUGAGACUAUGCGAGCACAUUACAAAGUAGAAGGAUUAGAUGAGGGCAUGGAACUAUCACUUGCUGCUCUAUACGACUAGACUCUCGCGACUAUAUCAGCAAUCGUUAUUGGAAGUAUGUAACGAAAGCUCAGUCAAUCGACUCAUAUCAGUCCUCUACUUCUGUUCUCUCGCUUAUGUGUUUGAACAUUGAAUUCCAUCUUCGCAGGAAUUGUAUUGAAGGCUACGCAGUGUAGUAGUUGUGGAGAUAUCACUGGACAGUUGGAUAGAGGAUAAGACACCCCACAAGGAC